CCAUCCAUGCUGGCCGCCCAGAUGGCGACCCCAGCCUUGGUCCCAGACACACGGGCUCUGGUGGCAGACUUCAUAGGCUAUAAGCUGAGGCAGAAGGGUUAUCUCUGUGGGGCUGGCCCCGGGGAGGGCCCGGCAGCUGACCCGCUGCACCAAGCCAUGCGGGCAGCUGGAGAUGAGUUCGAGAACCACUUCCAGAGAACCUUCUCUGACCUGGCGGCCCAGCUGCACGUGACCCUGGGCUCGGCCCAGCAGUUCUUCACCCAGGUGUGCGACGAACUUUUCCAAGGGGGCCCCAACUGGGGUCGCCUCGUGGGCUUCUUCGUCUUCGGGGCCGCGCUGAUCCGCUUUCUAAAGACGGCCGCCUCAACCCUGCCACCCUACUCCCGGAGCAGCCAUCAGAGCCACUCUGUGGCUGCACUGAAACCCUCGUCUCUUAUCGAGCUGAGAGCAGACCUCGCCGACAGUCCCUGGCUGGACCCCGAGGAGGAAUUGUAUGUGGAUGGAGCCGGCCACCUUUCAAGAGUCAGGCUCUUGGACGUGGGACUUCGGCCCAGAAGGCAGAGCUCGUAG